CUGGGGUUCCUUCAAAUGUUGCUUUUAGGCGGCUUUUCAGAGAAGAAUUACGAAUGGAGCUCGGAGGAAGAGGAAGCCGAGAAGAAAGCCAGACCGGUGCAGAUCCUCAUCGUGAAGGACGACCACACUUUUGAACUGGAUGAAGGGGCCCUCAACCGCAUCCUCCUCUCGGAAGCCGUCCGCGAUCAGGAGGUGGUCGCCGUCUCUGUGGCCGGAGCUUUCCGGAAGGGGAAGUCGUUCCUGAUGGACUUCAUGCUGAGAUACAUGUACAACAUGGAGUCCGUGGAUUGGGUCGGGGACUACAAUGAGCCACUGACGGGCUUUUCCUGGCGUGGUGGGUCGGAGCGGGAGACCACGGGCAUCCAGAUCUGGAGUGAACUCUUUCUGGUGGACAAGCCAGAUGGAAACAGGGUGGCUGUGCUUCUAAUGGACACUCAGGGGACCUUUGACAGCCAGUCGACGCUGCGAGAUUCGGCCACCGUCUUCGCUCUCAGCACCAUGAUCAGCUCCAUCCAGGUGUACAAUUUGUCACAGAAUGUCCAGGAGGACGACCUCCAGCAUCUGCAGCUCUUCACAGAAUACGGGCGGCUGGCCAUGGAGGAAACUUUUCUGAAGCCCUUCCAGUCCCUCAUAUUCCUUGUCCGUGACUGGAGCUUUCCUUACGAGUUUUCUUACGGGGCCGACGGGGGAUCCAAGUUUUUGGAAAAGCGCCUCAAGGUCUCGGGAAACCAGCACGAGGAGCUGCAGAACGUCCGAAAGCACAUCCAUUCCUGUUUCACGAACAUCGCCUGCUUCCUUUUACCUCACCCGGGCUUGAAAGUCGCCACCAAUCCCAACUUCGAUGGGAAGCUCAAAGAAAUUGAUGACGAUUUCAUCCGUAACCUGAAGGUGCUGAUUCCCUGGCUCCUCAGCCCGCAAAGCCUGGAGGUCAAGGAGAUCAACGGGAAUAAAAUCACCUGCCGAGGCCUUGUGGAAUAUUUCAAGGCCUAUAUUAAGAUCUACCAAGGAGAAGAACUGCCACAUCCCAAAUCAAUGUUGCAGGCGACCGCCGAAGCCAACAACCUGGCCGCUGUUGCCACAGCGAAGGAUACGUAUAACAAAAGGAUGGAAGAGGUGUGCGGGGGCGACAAGCCCUUCCUGGCCCCCAGCGACCUCCAGAACAGACACCUGGAGCUCAAGGAGGAGGCGGUGAAGCAGUUCCGCAGCGUGAAGAAGAUGGGUGGUGAGGAGUUCAGCCGGCGGUACCUCCAGCAACUGGAGGCCGAGAUCGACGAGCUCUACGUCCAGUACAUCAAGCACAACGACAGCAAGAACAUCUUCCACGCGGCCCGCACCCCGGCCACCCUCUUCGUGGUGAUCUUCAUCACCUACGUCAUCGCGGGUGUGACCGGCUUCGUCGGGCUGGACAUUGUGGCCAGCCUCUGCAACAUGAUCAUGGGCCUGACCCUCAUCACCCUCUGCACCUGGGCCUACAUUCGCUACUCGGGGGAGUACCGGGAGCUGGGGGCCGUCAUCGACCAGGUGGCCGCCGCCCUCUGGGACCAGGGAAACACAAACGAGGCUUUGUACAAACUUUACAGCGCGGCAGCCACCCACCGACACCUAUACCACCACGCGUUCCCCGCAGCACAGAAGACAGAACCCACGGAUGGCGCGGAAAAAAAGGCCAUGUAACGCAGGUGCUUUCCAGAGAGGUGCAUGAAAACACAUCGUCGUUAAAACAUGUUAAUUAUUUUUGCAUCCCCCUACAUAAGCCUCUGACAUUCUUCAGAGUGGAAGACAGAGGAAGCUGAUAACCCAUUCACUUGUACCAAUGGCUUAAGUGUGGCUGCUUUAAUUUGGGCCGUGCCCUGCUUGAAAAAGGGGUGGGGGACCAGUCAGCAUGGCUGUCGUUUUUCUUUAUAAUGCACUGACUUAAAUUUUGCCGCAAGACACCAUGGUUCCCCCUCAAAUCCUCUUGCUUGGUUUCGGGACGGAGGCUUAGAGCCAGAGAAAGCGGUGGCCACUGUUUGGACAAAGGGCUUCUCUCCCUUCUAAGGACAGGGUCCAGCCACCCAAAAACUGAGCACCUGGCCAAGGCAGCUGCUAGCCACCCUCCCCGCCCUCUGCCCCAGCUGGACUUCUUUGGGUCCAAGUCCCCCCCCAAGCUGUUUAUAGGACUGCAGGCUUCCUCAGCAGAAAACACUCACUUUGUGGUUCAAGAGGGACCAACGUCUCGUGACCUUCUCCAAUUUGCGCACAACAAUUUUUGAGUUAACACACACACUUUUCUCCUGCCAGCUGUGAAUGACAAUUUACUCACUUUAAAGGAUUGCCUUCGCUGAAGCUGCAAGGAAUAUUUCUUUUGCUCUGGUAUGUUAAAAAGAUGGAAAAGUUCCUCUCUUUUUUUGUACAUGUAUUUGAGAGUUUCACAGUAUAUAUAUUUUUGUUUAGUGCAUAAAGAAGUGUGCCUAGUUUUUAUUAUUUUAUUGUCAAUUAAAAGUUUGGUUCCUAAGACAA